AUGAAUAACACAGACAGGCUGGCAGCGGAUUUACCGGCGCACCGCGCGCUGACGGGCUGCGUCCUGGCGCUGCUCAUCGUCUGGACGCUUCUGGGGAACCUGACGGUUUGCGCGGCGGUCUGCCGGUACCGGCACCUGCGCGCCAAAGUGACCAACAUCUUCAUCGUGUCUCUGGCCCUGUCGGACCUGCUGGUGGCCGUGCUGGUGAUGCCGUGGAAAGCCGUGGCCGAGGUGGCGGGCUUCUGGCCGUUUGGAGACUUCUGCAAGACCUGGCUGGCCUGCGACAUCAUGUGCUCCACAGCCUCCAUCCUCAACCUGUGCGUGAUCAGCGUGGACCGCUACUGGGCCAUCUCCAGCCCCUUCAGCUACGAGCGGAGCAUGGACAAGAAGGUGGCCUCUGUCAUGAUCGGCGUGACCUGGACGGUGUCCGUGGUCAUCUCCUUCGUUCCCGUGCAGCUGAACUGGCACCGGGUGGAGCUCGGCCACCCGGCCCGGGACGAGGGCUUCGCGCCCCGCGGCCAGAGCGCGGACGGGAGCUGCGACUCCAGCCUGAGCCGCACGUACGCCAUCUCCUCCUCCCUCAUCAGCUUCUACAUCCCCGUUGCCAUCAUGGUUGUCACAUACACGCGCAUCUACCGGAUCGCUCGGAUGCAGAUCCGGAUGAUUUCGUCCCUGGAGCGCGCGGCGGAACACGCGCAGAGCUGCCGCUCGGACGCGCCGGAGCAGUUCCCUCACCUGUGCGCGGAAAUAGGCGCGGACUCCAACUACCAGUCGCAGGUCAGUCUUCAUCCGGACUGCGAGCGGUCCAGCCAGCUCAAAGUGUCCAUCAGGAAGGAGACAAAGGUGCUGAAGACUCUGAGCGUCAUCAUGGGAGUCUUCGUCUGCUGCUGGCUGCCCUUCUUCAUCCUCAACUGCGCGCUGCCCUUCUGCCCCGGGCCAGGGGCCCCGGCGGCCCAUCGGGGCCCCUACUGCGUGAGCGAAAAGACAUUCGACAUCUUUGUGUGGAUCGGCUGGAGCAAUUCGUCCCUGAACCCGGUCAUUUACGCGCUCAACGCCGACUUCAGAGACGCCUUCCUGCGCCUGUUGCGCUGCCGCGCGCGCGGCUGCCUGGCCGGCGUGAGCGCGGCGGUGGAGACCGCGAUGGCGAGCAACGAGGCCGGACACCCGAGAAGGGACAGCCCGCGCAGGGUCAAGCUGAGCGUGUCCAGCGCCGCGAACACCCGGGGGAGCGUGGACAGCGGGAACACCACGGUGACCGUGUUCUACCACAGAGGGACGUUCACGGAGCAAGUGAGGGACACCGAGGACAGUCACGAGAGGGACAGACUGACGGAAAUACCCUCAAGUGUUGUCAUUUAA